UGAACUUCAGUCACACCCCAUCCUUAAUCCAUAGGGUUUAUUAUGACGCCGGCACACUCUUUGUCAACCAGUUUAUGACUGUUUCCUGCAGUGGUAGGGCAGAGACGGUUUUUGGGGGCUUUGCCAUCAUCAGUCUCAUUUCCAGGUAGACGGCGGAUUGAAGAGUGACUUAACUCGUGAUCUCCAAUGGCUCAGUGUCAGAUCGUCUGCAACCCAAAGCGCUACUGUUUGUCGGCUAUCACAAAUCUGACUCCUGUCUUCGACCUGGACCUCAUCUCUGUCAGCUCCUCAGGCCUGGUAAACCAUCCUGCACUCUGCCUGUCAUUACCAUUACCUGCCUUUCUGUCUGUGCAAUCACCAGUGUUCCUGCUCGCCUGCUUCUGCCUACCUGCCCGCCUGCCUGCCAGACGUGCGUGUGUUCCCUGAAGCCUUCCUGUCCUUGGAAACUACCACCAAUCUCUGCCUGCUGUCUGCUCAUCCCUCUCACAAGUGCUCUGAGCCUGAGACACUCCUCCAGCCGCCCAGCGUGUGACGAACUCAUUUAACCGACAGUUCCAGCUCUACAUUCACUCACUCCCUCACGCAACUUGGUCUCCUCGUCUGUCCAGGUCCUGACGGUUUCCUAAGGAUAAGCGACAUUGGCUUCAUGGCUGCUGGAGGUAAUGCCAUCGACAUUCAACCACAGGGAAAUGUUUUUUCAGCCAUUCCUGACGGAAAAGUCCCACCAGAUUAUGUGCCUCCUCAGAUGGGGGUGAUGGCCAAUCCACAGAGACCUGUAAACUGCCCUCCGGGCCUGGAAUACCUUGCUCAAAUUGAUCAGCUUCUUGUUAAUCAGAAAGUGGAGUUAGCUGAAGCAAUAUUGGAAUGGGAGUCCAAUAAUAAGUAUCUGGUCAAGAACGUCAUGGGCCAGCAGGUGUUCUGUGUGGCUGAGGAGAACGACUGCUGUAACAGGCAGUGCUGCGGAUCCUCGCGCUCCUUCGUCUUACAUAUUCAGGAUAAUCACGGCCUUGAAGUGAUCACCCUGAAGCGGCCAUUGAAUUGCUCCUUGUGCUGCUUUCCCUGCUGUCUCCAGGAGCUGGAAGUACAGGCACCACCCGGAAACCCUAUUGGAUAUGUCAUUCAGAACUGGCAUCCAUACCUACCCAAGCUGACCAUUCAAAAUGAGAAAAGGGAGGACGUCCUGAAAAUUGUGGGUCCAUGUUGUCCAUGCAAAUGCUUUGCAGAUGUGGAUUUUCAGGUUGUGUCUUUGGAUGAACUCACACAAGUUGGCAACAUCUCUACACAAUGGACUGGUCUGGAGCAAGAAGCCUUCACUGAUGCAGACAAUUUUGGAAUUAAGUUCCCCUUGGACCUGGAUGUGAAAAUAAAGGCUGUCUUACUUGGGGCCUGUUUUCUCAUUGAUUUCAUGUUUUUUGAACAUAGUGGCAAUGAUGAUUAAGAUUUUUUCCUCGCUCGAAUUCUGUGGACCUUGGAAUGCGGUUUGUGUGGUCACUAAAUGAAUGUGCAUGUCUGAAAUAUUUGUUUAUUGGAAACUUUUUUUGGAGAAUGGGUGUGCUACACUCCACUCUCAUGAUUCAUUGUACUGUUCAACACUGUGUAAGAAAUGCACAAAAGGUCAGUCUCUGAACAACUGAAGAUUUUAUUUGUUAUCGUAGAGCUGAUUUUUAUAGACACUAAUUUAGGACUGAAGCCAAAACAUGAUGUUAUUUUUUCUUUCCAUUUCCGCCAUCACUAAUGAUGCUAUAAAUUAAUGAAGCAGGUGCCCAAUAGCUUUGUUACAAACUGACUGUUACAGUUUUUUACGAUUGUUUACACACUAAAAUAUUUUUUCACACAAUUAGCAAAAUUUUACUCCAAGGAGCAAAACACCUCCACAGAUUUGCACAACAUUACACACAAUGUCUGCUUCACCCUUUUUGCAAAACAUUACACACAGUGAUUUGUAAAACUCCACACACAUUUCCACACCUUAGACACAGAUAAGGAUUGUGAGGUUACUUCCUUGUCAUUACAAAGCCCCAGAUUGCCAAUGACUACACUAAUGAGCGAAUUGGAUAAUCACAUCCACCAGGUGUGUAAGCACACAUGUGCAAAAUUGAAAACGCAGCACUCAGGUGUGCUAUACAGUCUUGUUGCUUUUGUAGUAGUUGCUCUUCAGAGUCAAAGUGUAUGUACUUUAUGCAGUAGUUUUUUUUGUUUGUCUACAGAUUGUAUUUGUUCAAUUGAUUUCAUUGUUGGUUGAUUACUGUAACUGAUUAUGGUUAGAAAUACUGUAAGUAUUGUAAAGAAAUACUUGAAAUAUUCAGUCUACAGCAGUCUUCAGUGUUGUACAGUGCAAGUGCAAGUUUAUAGACCUAUUUAUGUACACUUUCCCUAUGUCGAACUAAUCAUGAAGAAUGUUGUGGGUUUGUCACUAUUUUUUGGACAUCUAAAUGAUCCCUUACAUAACAAUGUCUGGGCAAAAAUCUAGCACAUGCUAUUUCCUAAUUUUUCUUUUUACAAAUGCGUUUUGCAUUUAUCACUGCAGUGUGAAACUGGCUGCAAUAGUGUCUGAUCAUUGAGGACUGUGUUUGUUAAAUGACAACUAAUAGCAUUUUUACAAAUAGUGUAUAUGUUUUGACUGAAGUGUGUUUGUUUUGACUGAAGUGUUUCAUUUUGCAAAGAAUCUAGGAAUUAUGCAAACUGAGUGUGGAGUUUGGAUACCUGUGCUUAAAUUUUGUUAAAAAGAACACAAAAAUUGUGUGUAAGCAAUUGAAAAAAACUGUAACAGAUGUUUUUUUUAAAGAUGUAGGACAGUGAUGUGAUCAUCAGAACAUAGAACUAAGUGGAUUAUCAGAACAGUCCUUGGAAUGUCUUAGUUGUCAUCAGUGAGGCAUACAUAAGGGAAGAGUACUACAUAUACAGACAUAAUAUAAACAUCCGUCCCCCCAAUUUCAGGACUGCUAUGCGUCAAUGUGUGGCUGCCAUGAAUAAUAAAAGUAACACCUAUUGAAUAA